UUCCCCCUCCCUCCUCAGCCUUUUGCUUGCACAGUACAGUCUCCCUCUCCCCUCUCCCAGCAGCGCAUCUCUGUUUACUCUCUCUCUCUCUCUCUCUAUAUAUAUAUAUCAUGCCGUAUAUGCAUGCAUCUGUUCACUUCUUCCCCAGUACAUCAAACGCCCAUUUUGUGUCUUUUAUUUGACGGUGGGGUAAAGUGUGGUCCUUUCUCAAUCAAUUUUCUCGGCAAAUUUUUUUUUUUGGCGGUGAUUUUCCGGGAAAAUGUACUCGGCGAUUCACUCCCUGCCGGUGGAUGGGGGUAUGGUGGGCGGCGACUUCCAGGGCUCGCUGGAAGGGACGAACUUGCCUGGGGACGCGUGCCUGGUGCUCACCACCGAUCCCAAGCCCCGCCUCCGCUGGACCGCCGAACUCCAUGAGAGAUUUGUUGAUGCCGUCACUCAGCUCGGUGGACCUGACAAAGCAACACCAAAGACAAUUAUGAGAACAAUGGGGGUCAAAGGUCUUACUCUUUAUCACUUGAAGUCACAUCUUCAGAAAUAUCGGCUGGGAAGGCAAUCUAGCAAGGAUUUACCUGAAAACUCUAAAGAUGCAUCAUGCAUUGCAGAGAGCCAGGACAGCAUUUCAUCUACGUCAUCAUCAUCAAAAAUAGCUCAAGAUUUAAACGAUGGAUUCCAGGUCACCGAGGCUUUAAGAGUACAGAUGGAAGUCCAGCGGCGACUGCAUGAGCAGCUGGAGGUGCAGCGUCAUCUCCAACUUCGUAUUGAAGCACAAGGCAAGUAUCUGCAAUCUAUCCUUGAGAAAGCCUGUAAAGCUCUUGGUGACCAGGUUGCUGCCACUACUGGGCUUGAAGCUGCCAGGGAAGAACUCUCAGAAUUGGCAAUCAAGGUUUCUAAUGACUGUAAUGGGGUGGUUCCAGGUGAGACCCUAAAGAUGUCAUCUUUGUCUGAACUUGCCGUGUCUCUGGAGAACAAGAAUGCUCCCAAUGUGCCUGUCCAGUUCGGCAACUGCUCUGUUGACAGCUGCUUGACUGGAAAUGGAACUCCGGUUUCUCCAAUGGGCAUGGCGUCACAGGCUGCUGCCCUGAAAAAGAGACCAAGACCCCUGUUUAGCAAUGGAGAUUCUGUGUCUUUGGAUGGCAGCAUGCGGCAAUUGGAGUGGAUGACUAAUAUUGGAUGAGCUGGAAACAUUUCUGCCCAAGAAGCAAAUCUUCAGAAACAAAUCUUCUGUUUUUUUUUUUUUUACCUUAAUUCAUUAUUUUUACCUUUUGCCUCUAAUCGAUCUCAGUGACUAGCAUGCUGCAUUGCCAGCUACGGCAUCAGUGGUCUGUAUAUACUCUGAAGCUGAUAACUUGAGCUUGGAAUGCCUUGGUCAAUUUCAAAUUGCCCUUUAUUGUC